CACAGCCCCCGCUCCCUGAAAUUAGCUGUCAUCGAGGAUGAACUUGGCUGCGGGUCCCGUGUUUCGACUACGCCCAUUUCUCGCUGCACCGCCGGUCGGGAGAGGGCCAAAGGGCUCCAGGUCCAAAGAGCCAAAGGGCUCUUUUGCUUCCGAUGGGAACAGUCUUUGCUUCUCUGCCCGGCCUUGCGGCAACUGUACCCUUCAGGCGGCAAAAUAUUUCCCCAAGGAGGCGUGGGGGGGGGGGGAGAGGAAGGCAUUGCGAAAGUUUUGGACGCGCGUUGUAUAAAUACCCGCAGCAACAUUUUUAAAAAAAACUUUGGGCGGAAUUGGUGCGAUUUAUUAUGCGGCAGCACGUGGCACCUCCCGAUUCUCCGCGUCUCGAACCAGUCAACAAAGCCUUUCCCCACCCUGCGCCAGGGGAGUCGCUUGCGUGCAAGCCGGAGGCCAAAACGGGGCUGAUUCCGGUCGUCUCCUCCCUGCCUUUCCUUCCCUUUUUAUGCCCUGUCUCGGACGGGCGUGCAUGCUGUGGACUCGCCCGUUUAGACUCCGAGGUUGCUGCGUGCUUGCUGCUUGGCAGGUGAGGCAACUUCCUGCUGACUGUCCACAACCAUGUCAGUAGGGAAGCUGACAGAAAGUCGCAAAUCCAGGUGGCUUGUUGCAAGCAGGUUGGCAAAUAGGUACACUUUAGUGCAGCUUUCCAAGCCAAUGUGACUUUCAGAUACGGUAUAUGGACUUCAGUUCCCAGAAAAUGUAAGAGCAUGCUGGCUGAGAAUUUUGGAAAUUGAAAUUUCUGCAUCAGGAGGAUUCUUAAUAAAUGAGAGGCUAAUGCCAGGAGAAAAGGAUUGUAUUCCUCACUGCUUGUUAAGUCUCUUCGAGUAUGGGGGCAAGAAAUAUUUCAGAAGGGAAUCAUGGUCUUUGAAGCUGUGCUGAAAUCUGUCCUUCAGUUUCCUGAAAAUCUGAAAAAUAAGUUUCUGGUUUUUUACCUUAUUCUGAGCUCACACCUACUAUAUACACAAGCCAUCGAACGUUUGGAAGCCGUGCUAAAGGACUUGGAAAAGAUUGAAGUCAGCUCUGAGAUCGAUGCCUAUUUAUAUACUGCAGAUUUAGAUUACCCCAGUCAUUGUAAUCUAUCAGUGAUAAAAUGCUUUCAACUUGAGAUGAAUGUAGUGUCGCAUGAAUCUAAAUUUGAGGGUCAAAAAUUUCAUAAUAGUGUGAACCGUAUAAUGAGACUUCUUACAAAUUUUCUACCCAUUGAAAUGAACACAGACACACAGACUUGCCAACGAUGUGAAACAUAUAAAGAAAAAAAAUAUUCAGACUUUAUAACAGGCUUCAGGUUUGUUAUACAGCGGAUCAACCAAGAAGAGAAGAAAAAAAUGAAAGUUGUGCACUGAGAUACUCCAUUGAAGCUGGAAGACAUAAUUUAUUUCGUCCUUGAAAAGAUAGUUUCUGAAUGGUCAGCCUAAUCCCAUCUCUCUCUCUUUUUUUUCUUCCCUUCUGGGAGUUUGAAGUAGAGGUAGUCCUCAUUUAGUGACUGAUUUGUUUAGUGACGAUUUGUGAUUACAAUUAUGAAAAAGUAACUUUGCAACCAAUCCUUGCACUUACGAGUUUCAUGGGUCUGUACAGCAAAGGAAAUUUAAGUAAGAUCAUAGGCACAGUUGAAUUUUCACUUAGCAAUUACUUUGCUUAAUGACAAUUGUGGGUCCCAGUUGGGAUAGCUGAACAAGUACUACCUGUAACUAAAUUAGCUGAACGACACCUAUGUGCCAAUUUUAAGAGGAGUUUGCUUUCUGCUUCAAGAGAGGAGAUCACUUUUAUAUACUGGAAUGCUGGAAAAGAGAAAGAGAAUCCAAAGAGGAGGAAAUUGAGAACAUGGGGAUAGAGUUGGCUUUGGACAGUGACUGAAAAUGUGAAAAAAAUCAGUGCAGAUUCACACACACACAAUUGUCAUUGAAGUCAUGAAAUGGACUUCAUGAAAUCCAGACAUGCUGAAUAGCAUAGCAGCCAAAGACCUGGUAAUUUACAAAGAUGUAGCAAUUCAAACCUGCUUAUACAAGAAAAGGGCAAAAAAUGCAAAAGGAGUAUACAGAAAU